AUGGGGCACUUGGCCCUUACUCAGCUAUUGCUCGUCUUGUUGACGUUCGUCACGGUCGUUUCCAGCCAGUCAUCCGACGACGUGCGCGACAGUGCCGAGCGAGAUGAUGACUUGGGUUCGAGCCAAGCAGAAGUGGACCUGUACAACGUGUGCCCCGUAAUGGUGAACUUCGGCGAAGAGCAGGCGAACCUGUCGGAAGAGGAGCUCAAGGCCAAUGCCGCGGAUGCCGCCAUGACGGCGUAUAUGCUGAGCCACCCGAACGAGACGCUGUGGGACUUUUUCAAGGUCGAGAACCGGCAGAAGCACCAAAUGUUCAUGAACUUGCCCCGGUCCGACAAGUUCAAGCACUUGUUCAAGAAGGCAGUGGACUUUGCAUCGGAGACGGUGAUCGCGGGCGCCCACAUGGCGGCCGACGCGGCCGAGUGGUUUGUGAACACCGUCCGCCACCCGCGGAUCGGCUUGCACCAGGCAAGUGAGUUUUUCAAGGAGUUUUGGGCCAACACGAAGAUGGUGGGCAGGAUGAUGGUGAAAGACCCGAACGCGACGUCGAAAAACAUGGUCGGAGGGUUUCUGUUGAACCUGAGGCACCACCCGGCCGAGUUCACGGCCGAGAGCAUCUUGCUCGUCUCGGCUGGUACAGCGGUGAUCCACAACGUGAUGCAUGGCGUGGAGAUUAUGUUUGGCGGCAUGAGCAACGCCGUCUCGGGGGCGAUCAUCAGUGCGCUCGUGUUUAUCCAUAUCCUGGACGACCCCAUUUUGCUCGUCACGCCGCUCAUCAAGUCGCUCGUGGAAGCAGCGAGUAACCUCGACAGCGACAACGCAACGAAGGCGCCCCCGACGCUGAGUAUGCACAUGAUCCCGCCGUCCACCUCGUGCCUGAUUCCCGAGGAGUUUCGACCGCGGUUUUCCUCGCGCGACUUGUGUCUAAGCAACUCGGUCGAAGUGCGCAUGCUCAUGUUUGGCACGGCCAAGCGCGCGGCGCUGAUGACUGGCCCCGAGCGGGUCAACGCCUACGGUCUCUUCCACGACUUUGUGUGCUGCUUCCUCGCGGACGAGGAGUUCGAAGUGUAUGCGCCCAACAUCACGACGAGCGAUUUCAAAGCUGAGCUCGUGGCGACGCCCGUCAAGUUCACAGACUGUUACAAGCGGCUUGCGAACUACAGCGCCGCGACGAUGUGGAAGAGUUCGUACGGUCGUCGUAGCAGUAGUAGUGGCCGUGACAGUGACGAGGCAGAAGAAGAGUUGCUGAUGGAGAAGGACAAGGACGUAGAGUAG